AUGGCUCUGCUUGCUCUGCGUGCUCUGUGCGUGCUGUCGCCGCUCCUGGCCUCGGUCGCAGCCUCCAGCCAAGAUGCGCUGCGCUCCGCGAUCGUGGACGACGGCAACGAAGGCGUGAUCCAGCACGGGAAUCGCCACCGCGCUGCACGGUCGCCCUUCCUCAUCCCGAGUGACAGCAUCAUUCGCCUCCAGUCCUACCCCGUCCUGGCUCCCCCGGUGCCCGCGCCCAGCGUGUACCAGUACAACCCGUACUACCCCGGUUUCGGAGGCGCGUCCUCUCAGAGCUUUGCCUCCUCCAGCAGUGGAGCGGGCGGCUCGGGGAACGCAGGGGCGAGUGCGGUAGCGCAGUCGUUUGGUGGUUCCGGACAGGCGGGCGCCUCUGCUAGUGCCCAGUCGUUCAGUGGUUCCGGAUUCCAGCCGAACCAUUCGGGUGCCACUGCCAACUCUCAGUCUUUUGGUGGUUCCGGUUACCAACCCAGUCAGUCGGGAGCCACUGCCAGCUCGCAGUCAUUCGGUGGUUCCGGUUAUCGUCCCGUUCCCACAUACGUCACUGGCGCCAACUCUCAGUCGUUCGGUAGUUCCGGUUACCGCCCCGUCCCUACAGUGGUCAGUGGAGCCAACUCGCAGUCUUUUGGUGGUUCCGGUUACCAACCCAGUCAGUCGGGUGCCUCCGCAAGCUCGCAGUCGUUCGGUAGUUCCGGAUACCGCCCAGUUCCCACAUACAUCACUGGAUCCAACGCACAGUCCUUCGGUAGUUCCGGUUACCGUCCCGUCCCUACAGUGGUCACUGGCGCGAACUCACAGUCCUUUGGUGGUUCCGGUUAUCAGCCUAGUCAGUCGCUUUCUACUGCGAACUCACAGUCAUUCGGCAGUUCCGGUUACCGUCCGAUUUCUACAGUGGCGAGUGGCGCCAACUCGCAGUCGUUCGGCAGUUCCGGUCUACAACCUAUUCAGUCGGGCGCCACCGCCAGCUCGCAGUCGUUCGGUAGUUCCGGUCUGCAACCUAUUCAGUCGGGCGCCACCGCCAGCUCGCAGUCGUUCGGUAGUUCCGGCUACCGCCCCGUCCCGACAGUGGUCUCCGCCGCCAACUCACAGUCAUUCGGUGGCUCUGGUUUCGGUUCCGGUGACUCAGGCGCGUCCGCCAACUCCCAGUCGUUCGGGGGAGCCGGGGCGGGCGCCCAGUCCAGCGCGCAGUCCAGCGCGCAGUCCGGCAGUGGCCUGAUACCGCCCUCGACGGCCGGGUCGACGGCCGGGUCGGAGGCCUUGGCUGGUUCGUCGGCGUCCUCCAUCGCGGCCGCGCAGUCCUUCGCCAGCCACUGGCCCCACGGCAGCAACGCCAUCGCGGCGUCCCAGGCGUCGUCGGGAGGCCAGUCGGGGGCAACGGCGGGUGCCGCGGCCCAGGCCUCGAGCGGCGUGGGGGUGGGCCAACCCGGCCAACCCGGACAGUCGUUCGGAGGGGCGGCCGCCGACGCGACUGCCCAAGCCCAGGCACAGGCCCAGGCACAGGCCUUCGCUUCCCACUGGCCCAGUCACCAAGGGGUGUCAACAGCCGGUGCACAGUCCGGCAGCUUGGGCUCCGGCGGCAGCAGUGCAGGAGCGCAGUCCUUCGCCUCUUCUGGUUCCGGUCAGGGUGCCAACGCAGGGGCCCAGUCUUUCGCGACGUCAGGUUCCGGUUCCGGCCAGGGCCUUUCCGGUGCCAACUCAGGGUCCUACGCGACAUCGGGUGACCAAGGCCUUUCCGGUGCCAACGCAGCAGCCCAGUCCUCAGCCACUUCCGGUCAAAGCCUUUCCGGGGCCAACGCAGCGGCACAGUCCUUCGCCACUUCCGGUCUAGGCCUUCCCGGUGCCAACGCAGGUGCGCAGGCUUUCGCUGUGUCCGGCACAGACGCCGCACAGGCCUUCGCCACCCACUGGCCCAGUAUUCACCAGCUGCUCAUUUCAGCUGCACAGGCUGCAGCUGGCAUCGGCUCCGGUAACACUGCAGGGGCGCAGUCCUUCGCCACUUCCGGUUCCGGAUCCGACCAGGGCCUCUCCGGUGCCAACGCAGCAUCGCAGUCCUUGUCCACCUCCGGUUCCGGUUCAGGCUCCGACCAGAGCCUUUCCGGUGCCAACGCCGGAUCGCAGUCCUUCGCCACUUCAAGUUCCGGUUCCGACCAGGGCCUCUCCGGUGCCAACGCAGCAUCGCAGUCCUUCGCCACUUCCGGUUCCGGGCAAGGCCUUUCCGAUGCGGGAGCGCAGUCCCUUGGUUCCGGCCUGUCCGGAGCCACAGGAUCGGGACAGUUGUUCCCCUUCGGGUUCAUCCCCGCCUUCGGGCCGCACGGCCCCUUCGGAGCGAAUGCUGAGUCUUCCGCCACUUCUGGCCAGGAUGUUUCCGGUGUGGCGGCACAGGGCGGCGCAGACGCCGCAGCCCAGUCCGGGUACUUCGGAGUGCCCGGAGCCACGGCGCAAGCGUCCGCCCAGUCCUCCGGCGAGUACGGACCCAGCGGCCCAACCGGAGCCACCGGAGCGAGCGCCAAUGCUCAGUCCGUCGGGUCCGUCGUCGGCUCGGACUACAGAGGGCAGUCGCAGUCCUCCGCCGAGGCGCAGGCCCACUCGGGGGUGGCAGGGCAGUCCGGAGCAAGCGCCUCUGCUGAAUCCGCUGCCGGAAACGGACUCGAAGGAGGAAACUCAAUCGCCAGCAGUUCCGCCCAGUCCGGGGAGGACUUCGUCUUCCCCCACCCGAUGGACGACGUGGAGGGGCUCCCUGUGGAGCGUGCUUCGGCAGCCGAGGCCUCGGCAGUGACCUCAACGGUGGCCUAGGGCCCAGCCUAAGGCCAGGACAGCACGCUGCUGCAUCUCUGCUUGAACGUCAAAAACCCUAGUCUAGACCAAAUGUGUCGUCUCGAGGACACGC